CACACACACACACACACUACACACCCUCUGUUUUUACAAUGUCAUGCUAAUCUGCAUACAUAGACACACCCACCAUGAUUUUUCAGACACACACUCAGGAUUAUUCCAGCCCUGUAUAAAAGUGAAGGCAGAAGUCAUCCUGAUGUGAUCCCAGACUCCAGCUUCCAGUGUCUGCAUACCAGUGCCGCCUUUCUACCUAAACGUAAACCAGUAUCUCAACCGAAGCAGUUUAAGUGGCCGCAACACCAGUACCUGCCAUGGCUGCUCAAGAGAACCCGGCCCCCGCCGCCACAACUGCUGUUCGUCCCAAACACGUGUCCUACCGCGGACGCAGUGCAGGAGCCAGAAUCAGCUCUAAUAAAGAAGAGGGGAAAAUGGAGGAGUUUGAGCCCUUCAUGUUACUGCCCAGAGGACCACCACCACUCAAGGAGUUUCUUGAUAUCCAUGAUGUCAAUAUGCUCAAACAACCUCACGAGGUCAAUAAACAAGAGCACCACACGCACCUGUACAGCAGCGACUUCCUCAUUGUGCGUCGGGCUCAAGAGUUCCAGAUCAAGAUCACCUUCGAUCGGCCCUACAAACCGGCCGAAGACAAGUUCGCAGUUGAGUUUGUCAUAGGACCAAGUCCUCAAUACAGCAAGGGCACCUACAUUCCUGUCUUCCCCACUGCGGAGCGACAGAGUAUCUGGAGGGGUCGGGUCAUAGAGACCAGCGGCAAUGUUGUCACGAUGGGCAUCACACCCUCACCAGAGUGCAUUGUGGGAAAGUACAUGAUAUAUGUCGGGGUGGUGACGCCCUAUGGCAUCCGCAGGACCAGGAGGGACACGAACACGGAUGUCUACAUCCUUUUUAACCCGUGGUCAUCAGCGGAUCCUGUGUUCUUGGAUGAUGAGGAGGAGCGUGAGGAGUGUGUUAUGAACGAGCUGGGGAUCAUCUAUCAUGGAGCAUAUGACGAUGUGUCCGAACGUGCCUGGAAUUACGGACAGUUUGAGCCUCGUGUCCUGGAUGCCUGUCUGUACAUUAUGGAUAAAGCAGAUAUGCCACUGUCCAACCGUGGUGACGUCAUUAAAGUGACCCGCGUCGCCUCGGCCAUGCUGAACUCCCGUGAUGAUAACGGUGUGUUGGUGGGAAACUGGAGUGGAGAUUACACAUACGGCGUCCCGCCGACAUCCUGGACCGGCAGCGUGGAGAUCCUCCUGGACUACCUUAGCACCAAGGGAACGCCGGUCUGCUAUGCCCAGUGCUGGGUCUACGCUGCCGUCUUCAACUCCUUCUUGCGUUGUCUCGGGAUCCCCAGCAGGGUCGUGACGAACUUCUUCUCUGCCCACGACAAUGACGGAAACUUGAAGAUGGACAUCAUUCUGGAUGAAAACGGAAAACUGGACCGGAAUCGUACCAAGGAUUCCAUCUGGAAUUAUCAUUGCUGGAACGAGUGCUACAUGGCGAGACCCGAUCUGCCUUCUGGCUUUGGAGGAUGGCAGGUUGUGGAUGCUACGCCACAGGAGACAAGCGAUGGUAUGUUCAGGUGUGGACCUGCAUCAGUAGCUGCCGUUAAAAACGGCCAGAUCUGCUACCCGUUUGAUGCCCCUUUUGUGUUCGCUGAGGUGAACAGUGACGUGGUCUUUUAUCAUAGACGUAAAGAUGGCACUUUGGACGUAGCGAAGGUGAAUCAAACUCACGUGGGCCGCAUGGUGCUGACCAAAGCCGUGCUGCACAAUGGACGUCGAGACAUCACCAAUCAAUACAAGUUUCCUGAAGGGACCCCAGAGGAGCGCACUGUGCUGGAGAAGGCAGAGGAGUUUGGCUGUCAGAGGGAGAAAUCCUCUCUUUCUAAGGGUGAUGUAGAUGUGGAGAUCCUUAGUCUGGACGUUCGUGUAGGGGAGAACUUUAACGUGACACUGCAGUUUAACAACCACAGUGACCAGCGGCGCACUGUAGACAUGUACAUCAUUGGGACUGUGGUGUAUUACACCGGAGUCCCGGGCGCUGAGGUUGUGUUUAAUACACCCAAAGUGAAACUAGAGCCACAGCAGAGUAAGGAGGAGAAAGUGUUGGUGCGCGGUGAGGACUACAUGCACAAACUGGUAGAACAGGGAAACAUCUACUUCAUCACUACAGGAAAGAUUAAAGAGACGCGACAGAUCAUAACAGCGAUGAAAGUCAUCACAAUGCACAACCCCAAACUCAUUGUGAAGGUGACCGGUUCUCCAAGAGUGAACGAGGAAAUGUAUGUGUCUGUUGAGUUCACCAACUCGUUUAAGUUCGAUCUGGAGAAUGUGGAUCUGCGUAUGGAGGGUCCUGGAAUCGUGGCCUUAAAACGCAAGCAGUACAGUCUGAUUGCUCCAGGCACCUCUAUAACGUGGACGGAGACAUUCAGUCCCCGCCGGGCCGGCUCUACUAAACUGAUGGCCAGUCUAGACUGCGCUGCUCUCAGACAGGUGUAUGGAGAGACUGAGCUCACCAUCCAACAAUGAACACCACAAAGAAUGAAGCUGAGAAACAGACAUCUAUAGUCUUUGACCAAAGAGAAAUAUCAUGUAAACUCCAGCAUAGCAUGUACUCUAUAAACAUACUGAAGCAUGUUACCAGUGCAUUAUAUUAUGUUUAGUCAAAAAUAGUUAUUCUGUAACAGUAAGUAACAAUAGUAAUAAUUCUGUAACACAUAGAUAAUAAACAAUCAACAAAAUGUUUUUUUUUUUCUUGACCAUAAAAUGCAUGGAUGGAAAUAAGUACAAACAACUUAGAAGAAAAGUAGAAAAGUCAAGCAAAAGUCACUCCACAACACUUCUUGUGGAAAAAGGACUAAUUUGAAGAGAUGAGUUGUUUUAUUUCUAAUUAAAUUGAAAUCAAACACAGGUUUUGUGCAACCUAGCAACAUUUUUAGUUUCAGUUUCAGUUCUAUCAAAAGAUGAUGAAAUGUUUUGUGAUCAAAUUCCUGAAAAUUGAUUUCAUUUAGCCAUGAUUUGGACAGAAAUAAACUGUGCUUGAUUCAAAUCUA